ACAUUUUCUUCCUCAUGUCGUUCAGUUUCAGAAGAGGGGAAAAAAUUGGCGAUUAACUGAAUCGCAAGGAUAGUUAGUAGUAUUUGAUUUUGGUUUAACUGAUUUAUUGUAUUGAAGAUGAACUCUAAUUAUUCAUCAAUGAUGACGACGGGAAAGGAAAAGGUGAUGUCCAGUGGUAACAUUGAUAAGGGAAAAAUCAGAUUUAGAGAUAUAAAUUGUUAUUGCAUUGAGAGUAAGAUUGAGUUUGCUUUCAAACAAUUAGAAAGAGAUAAGACCGGUUUGAGGAUAUUUUCGCAAAUGAUUCGGAGAAAGUUAUGUUUGGAAGAUAUAGAUGAUGUUAUUUUACUAUGGAUGUCAGAACAUGGAGUUCCAUGGACUCUAAAGAAUGAUCAUGCUUUCUUUUGGUUUUGGGAGAAUGCUGCAGUAAACAACAAUGGUUGUAUUCAGUUGCUUGUCAAGGUUCAGAAUCCAGAAUGGGAUAAGGAGCACACACCUAAGAAAACUGCACCAAAGUCACCUCAAGUGAGAAGAAGCCCAAGACUUGAAGGUAAGAAUAACAAAAGUGUAGGUGGUUCUAGUGCUAGGAAGUUGUUUGGGCAGGAUUGCUCACAACCUAUUCAAGCAAGUGUUGUUGGUGAUAACUUGAGAAGAGGAACAAGUAGCAAACCAGUUCUAGUAGAUGAGGAACCAGUGCAAGUAGAUGAUGAUUGGGAUGAGGACUAUUGGUUACAGAAAUUGAAAGAAAAUGAUGAGAUUGUAGUUCAACUUGAGAACAAAGAGGUGGAUGAGUGUCAUCCUGUAGAAGAUCCUGAAGCUGCAGCUGCAGCUGCUUAUAAUAGUGAUGAAGACAAUGAAGAUGCAAGUGAUGUUGAACAUGUUGGAGAUGAAGAUGAUUCAAGUGAUGAUGGUGCAGAAGUAAAUGAGGAAGGUACAAAAUGUAGUUACCCUUUAAUAUUUUUUUUUAAUGGUUGUGUCAUGGAAAUGGUAAGUAUGGUGGUGUGUUGA